CCAGAUUUCGCGAAUGGCCGUGCAAAUCGCGGUACGGCGUCACGUACGGCAGAGGGUGGUACGAGAUUGCUUCUGUUAGGGUUUGUUAUGAUGGAUAUCCAGACUCAAGUUCCAAGCCGCUCGUAUAAACCGCCGCUCCUCGUUAUAAGCGUUUUCUGUAAUGUAGUUCUGCCCAACCGAGCAUACUCAUGGUGCCUAUGUCAGCGCGGUUUCAUAGCCUGGUGUUGUUGCGGAUUUUGACGACGUACAUGACACAGUUACCGUCAGAAAUCUGGGAAAACGUGUUGGAGCACUUGUGCAGCGAUACCGCCGCUCUCGUAUGCUGCGCGUUGGUCUCUCGGUCGUUCUCGUGGAAGAGUCGCUAUUUACUGUUCAGCCGCGUCAGACUCACAAGUCGGAAAAGUCUAUAUUCCCUGGCAAGGGUCGUGAAGGAUAGUAGGCCAGGGUCUCCGUGGCAUCACCCUCAGGAGCUUCAUUUGGAGGAGAGGCCGUCAUCUGAGAACUGCCAAGGUUCAUUCGUGCACCUAGCGCCCAUCAUAUUGGCAAGAUAUUUGACGAAAGUGGAGGUCCUGUCAUUCUCGUCAGUCAACUGGCACGCAGAAACAUUAAUCUUGAGCUCCUCGUUCGAAGCGGCAAUGUCCUCCCUAGGGUCUUUGAAGACGCUAUCGAUCAGUAAAUGCAUGUUUCCAAACCUCCAUGCGCUUUACCGUCUCAUCCGUUGCAUGCCGCGACUUACAUCACUGAAUGUGUCCGACUGCGAUGUACGUCUCGCGCGAAGAACACCGGAACACGCCAUGCCUAUUCUGCGCCUUGGACUGACUCGGCUGGUAAUACGAGAUUGCCCAGCCAUCGUCUCCGAAGAUCUUAUUAGCUGCCUCCGGAGCAGUCCGACCCGUCACACUCUCCGUACAUUCGUCUUAAAGACGGACUCUUCGUGCGACGUCGCGAGCAUAUUGACAACCUGGGAGAACCAGCUCGAGCACUUCGAAGUUGACAAUGGACAAAGCGAUGCAUAUAAAGGACUCGACGCGACACAGACUCGCGAUGAGCGUUCCAGUGACAUAUCGUCUCGCAUCGCCGAAUGCCACAUACACUCCAUCGACACAACGCACGCCGCAGCAUGCCCCGAUGCUGCAAUGGCAAAUUCAUCGGUGGAUUCCUUUAGACCAGUGGAGAGCAUGGCAUUCUGUCAUGAAUUGCAUUUGCGAAGCAGCUUUCAGGCGAAGGAGGAUCCCUCCGUUCUUCCUUGGUCACAAGGCGGCGAUCUCGAUUCGGGGAAUCUGUUUCUACAGCAGCUCUCCUCUUUCGUAAUAGAUGAUCGCAUCCUCGAAUUUCUUGCGUCCAUCAUGCCGGCGAGUGGUGUAUCUCCCAAGCCAUCCCACAUGCAAUGUGCAUUGCCUCUGCAUCAAAACAGAAUAACUGCCUCUCUCAUGCCGCCACGAAGGGCUAUAACAGUCCUAGAGCUCAAAAACCACACUUUCAGGAGCUUUUCGGAGUUACAGGAUCUUAUCGACUACCUCCCAGAACACUCGACAUUUCAUGUUUGCAACUGCAGCAUAGAACGUGCACAAGGCAUAACAGAUUGGGCUCACCAUGAUCAGGACCCAAAACUCGCUGUGCUGAGGCUAGAUGGAUGUUGUUCGUCACUGUCCUCUCCCCUUGUUACGUGGCUGCUAGCAACACCGACGCGUCAAUCACUUCGAACGUUCCUCUUGCGGGGCGACAUCCAAUUCUCUGUUCUUGAGGAUAUUCUUUCCGUGCUGUCUUGCAGAUCGGCGCGUUUUAGAAUUCAGUACACACGGGAGCAGCGAGAUGACGGGUAACACAAACAUCUUUUUGUCCAAUCCCGUUCUUUUCACAAGCUUUUUUUUAGGAGUGACCUUUCUCCAGAAGUGCCACGUGAAAGCCUCGUCACUGCGAAUAUUCAUCUUGCCCGUGACCCGCCCCGUAAGAAGACGGUCGAGACAGAGCUGUCGCCGCUGUCGCACCGCCGCGACUUAGAAACUCGAUCGCUUCAA